CUCGAUUAUCAAAUUAAAGACUUCAAUACCAUGUGAAGAACCAUUUAGUCACACUAACUCAAGUUGUUGGUAGAUGAUCAAUUAUGAAUCAUAUAUCACUCACUAACACACCCCACAAACGAAAGCCUAUUCAUAUGGACUUGAAGUAUGCACAUAUCUGAAUACCAUGUGUUUAACAAAUGCACGUGGGCUAUAUAUCGAGAUUCGAACAUAAUAAUUCUUGAUGGUCACAAAAGGCUUCGAUACCGUGUCAAGAGAACCGGUUGAUCCCAACAAUUCGAGUUGUUGGGAGAGGUUCAAUUAUUGAUCUUAUACGUGUACCAUUUACUAACACAUCCCUUCAAACAAAACACAAGACAACAACUCAAACGAGUUUGGAGUUUGCACGUACAUAUAGCCGAAUACCAUAACACAUGCGCUUAACAAAUGUGGGUCUUCAAGAUUUGAACACCAUAACAUCUCAAUCAACGAAUGCUCCGGUAUCAUGUCAAGAACCAACUGGUCCGACCCACUAACUCGAGUUAUCGAAUCAACCUCGAAUCUUGUACAACUUCAUAGUAAUGUUUGCAAAUACUUUUCUCUCCAUAUGUUCAUUCCAUUUUUCAAUCAUGCCGUUUUAAGCGCAGGAGCUAUAUAUGGACUUUUGACUUUUGACGUUUCCCCUGCAGUUUUUUUUUUUAUACAUUUCUUCGACACAUGCAUGUUAGUUGCCAACGAAUUUCGUCGUGGUAGACGUCAGGAUUUGUAUGUCACAGUGCCCUGCUAAGAAAUGCAACGUAGUCAAACAUCAAUUCUUUGUUCAUAACAAAAAAAAAAGAGACUAAAAUAGUAAGGAACGAUGGACUUUCGAAGCACAAUCACGUAUGUUUUAACAUUAUAAUCCAGUUUAAUACACUUCAAGAUUCAACAAAUAGAUGGUUGAUUUAGAAUAUUAUACACGAAUAAGAUCAUCAUUACAAAUAACAAUUCAAACAACGACAACAUAUAUACCGUUGAGUCUUGCUAAGAAAAUGGGCGAUAUACAUAUAUCGUUGAUCAAUGACUAGCUUUGGAAGUCAAAAUUGGAUGUAAAAUAUAUUAUCACCCAAUUACUAAAAAAAACUUUAACGUAAUUAUGCAAACGUGCACGUGCAUUUUGGCCCGAAAUAAUCCAACUUAUAAUUUAAUAAUGAUAUUUAUAGAAAAUUAAAUCAUUCAUCUAACUUCUUGGUCGCUAGAGCUUAUAUUGUCCCUGACAUUACAUGAUUUGUUGACCAAUCCCACCAACCAAAAGUCUCUUUGACCAUUUAGUUUAAUUAUUUGAAGUAAUGAAGUUUAAUAUUACAGAUAAUUCAAAAGUAAAACGAUUUGAUUUGCUUGGCAAGCUAGCUUACAUUUAUACCAAGCAUGCAAUCCAAGAAAUAUGGAUAAUAUUUAUUGAAUAUUAUAGAAGAAGACAAAUGAAGAUGGCCCUGUUUUUUUUUCUUCUUCUUCUUUCUUCUGUGUUGUAGCCUGUAGGUUGUAACUUCGUUGGUUUUCAGCGGCGCAAUUUCUGCUGUAUUUUAAUUAUUAUUAUUAUUAUUAUAAUAUCAAUACCCAUCUACAUUACAAAAUUCAGGAGUUAUCAAACCUAUAAAAUGUGUCUAGUCAUUCCGGAUAUGAAUCACACUAUCUUAUCAGAUCAUAUCAGAGUUGUAUGAUUUGUACAAGAGAUGAUAAGAUAAUGAAUUUUGUAGGUUUUUUAAUUUUUUAAUUUUAUAUCCUAUCAUUUCAAUGAAAACUAUAAUAUUAAUUAGUACUUACGAUAAUAUUAAUUAGGAUAAGGGGGUUUUUACAUGCUUGGUUUUUUUUUUUUUUUUUGUCGUUGAAUUUGCUAAACCUGUCGUCAAGGUGAACAAAUCUAAACCGGGUUAUUUAUACUCAAUCUAGUUUUUUCUCAAGAAUGAAUCACGUGCAAGAUGAAGAACUGUAAAAUCUACAAAACUUCAAAUCGUACAAUUUUUUCAUAAGAUUUCUAUCAAGAAUGGUACGAUUGGUGAGUUGAUAGGUUUUGUAGACUUUGUUUUUACACAAUGAUAGUAGUAGCCUUUGUAAGUCGAUUUCUCUUCCUCCAUUCCAUUAGCCAUGGUUGGACCACAAUAUGUAUAUUGGCUUAAUUAGUUAGGAAUUCAUAUGCAUAUAUGAAGAUAAUAGGACUAUAUGAGUGGAGAAGAUGGAUAAGACUCAGUAUGUGAACCAAAAUAGGUAAACGCUAUAGCUUGUUCGUUCUUGUUUUUUAGGGUUUUGUUCAUGGAACUAAAGGUUGCCGACUGAAGAGGAAUAGAAAGAGUCACGCGUUGACCUGGGAGGGUCAACUCUAUCAGUAGGACAUAAUAAUACACCCUCGAUCGAAAAUUUAUCCUAUAAACCAUCAAGGAACCCAAAAAAAAAAAUAAUAAUAAUAAUGUCGUUGAUUAAUUCACACAUGCAUUUACUCUAUUAACCACAUCAUUCUUGUAAUAACUUCUAAAAAGCAUUAAGUUCGAAUUGAUCGGUACUAUAAGUGUCAUGUUCGAUUUCUAGGAUCGAUGAUUCAGUUCACAUGUCAUAUAUCUUCAGUGACAUACUCGAAUUUUUUUAAUACGUGAGUUGGAUUUAGUUCACAUACGUAGUAUAAUACAUACAUCAUUUACAAUUAUCGAAACUGCAUGUGUCCGAGGUCUUGGAUUUGAUUUUUUUUUUUUUUUUGGUACCGACGAAAUCUAAGUUUCUCACAAAAAUUAUCGGGCAGAGCCGACACAUCUUUCCACUACUUGGAUCGACUACUCGUAUAUCAUUACAUAUAUCAUCGCAUAUUAAUUCACCGAAUCUCAUUCACACCCGUUAUGAAUAAGCUGUGAGUAUUUUAUGCGUGCCUUUCUUUAAUUUAUCUUAUUAGUUCUCUAUAGUGAAUAAUUAGAUGCCACUUUCAUAAUUCAAAACUACAUAUAUUUUCCCCCUUCUUGGUGAAGCACUGACUGUAAUUGAUUGAAAACACUUAGAACAACCGACCUAAUUAGACUAGAUGUAUAACCAUAUUAAUACAUGCAUGCAUGCCAAUUUAGUUGUUUGUAUUCAUAUGCAUCUCGGUUUUCCCUUUGUGUCGUUCAAUGCAUUUUCCCUUUGUUUCGAUCAGUCGGCAAAUGGGGUUGCUCUGUUUUCAUGUCAAUCUUUCUGCCACCCUUUCCUUCCUCCUUUCGAAUUGCAUGGUAAUGGAAAACCGUAGUGUUGAAUCCAUAAUAGAGAAAACGUGACAAAAUUGAAAAAUAGACUAUUUAUAUGUGGUAAUAAAAAGUGACAAAUGGGCAAGUUGGGUGGUCGCCAGGUGGCACGGCAUGUGGGCCGACAACAACCCUCCUGUCGGCGGAAAGACCAAUGAGGGAAUGGCGUGGAAUCAUGGUCAUGGCAUUUAUGGAAGAAUUUCAUGAUGAAGAUAUGGAUGAAUUCCAUGAUGAAGUUUUCUUUCUUGAGUUAAUCCAAUGUUUAAUUUUUCUGUUGAAUUGGUAGGAUGGGUUCUAGUCAUGAUGAUUGUUUGUUUAGUUUGUGAACUUAUCUGAUUUGGGUGAACCGAGUUAACGACAACGAGAGAAUGUUACGAUUUAUCUGAUUGAAAUUUUACGAUUUUUUGUUUUGUUUUUGUUUUGUCGUGUGUAAAGAUAAAUUAUGAAGAUAUGGAGUGUCUAAAUGAUCAAGACGGGGAAUUAAAGUAUGUUAGCGUUUUUUUUAUAUCAACAUUUUUUAUGGCACCAGAAGUGGCCACGCUCUCACGGUAAUUCUCGAUCCGAAUAUCAUGUUUGAGACUUUAAGUAUUGUUUAAUUUAAUUAUAAAUUAUCGUUCUUUAGUUAUAAUUAUUCGCUUUCAAUGUUUCGAAUUAUGGUAUGAAAAGAAAAUAAGCGACGAUGGAGAAUCGUAAUACGAAUUUAGUAGGGUCUUAGUCAUCAUCAUGAUUAUCAGAUUGGAUCUUAGCUUGUGAUGCUUUUUUGAAACUCUUAUCAAGUGGGUGGUAAUGUCGUCACCAAAAAGUAAAACCAUUGACAAGUGACGAGAGCCUAGUUCAGCAACUUGCUCACAGCUCAGAUUAAUCUCAUAAUCAAUCAAGUUGCAACCCUCCUAUGGCUAUAUGGCUUCCUCCUAAAAGAUGAAAAUGAAAAAGAACCCAAAACAAAAAGGAACUUGGUUUCCCAAGUUCACACCCAGUCCUACAAACCCAUUUUGACCCACCAUGAAUGGUAUAGAAAGAGACAGAGAAGGAGAGAGGGAAAAUUCACAAGUCAGAAUAUUCUAUUCCUUCACCAAUAAACAACUCAAAUUGAUAGAAUAUAUAUAUAUAAAUGGGUUAAUAUUUUCGUAUGGCCUGAACUUUGACCAAAAUAAACAUCCUGGCCAAUCUUUUCGAUCUAUAACAUCCUGGCCCGAACUAUACACCAAAAUAAACAAUUUGGCCAAACUCAAUGUUUGACCGUUAACUUGGACGGUCAAACGCGUUGACUAACGGUCGACGAGCCACGUCACCGCCAAGUCAGCAAGUUUAAAUUAAAAAAAAUUCCACCUAUUCCAUUUAUUUCCUUUCUCAUUUUGAAGAAGAAAAAAAAUGGAAAAAAAAUGGAAUAGGUGGAAAUUUUUUUUUUAAUUUAAAUUUGUCGAUUUGGCUGUGACGUGGCGCGUUGACCGUUAGUCAACGCGUUUGACCGUCCAAUUUAACGGUCAAACAUCGGGUUUGGCCAAAUUGUUUAUUUUGGUGUAUAGUUCGGGCCAGGAUGUUAUAGAUCGAAAAGAUUGGCCAGGAUGUUUAUUUUGGUCAAAGUUCAGGCCAUACGAAAAUAUUAACCCUAUAUAAAUAGCCUCUGAAAGUAGCCAGGGGUUGAGUCUUCCUUAUUUUAAUAAUCUUUCGCCGCUCCUUUGUUCGUUCUGGAAUUCUUGCUGCUGAAGAAUACCACCGAAGAAGCAAAAAAAAGAGAAGAAAAAACAGAGGCCGACUCAGAUAGCUUGAACCGCCUCAGAAUUCGUUCUACCCACGAAGGAACCGUAAUCAAGUCGGCCGGAACCAAAGAUUUAAAGGGUUUCCUUCCUUUCUUCCGUUCAUUCAUUCACUCCAACCAAAAAAAAAAAACAAGAAGCAAAGAUCCCAUUUUUAUUUCCCCUGUUUCUUGCUUCCCCUGUUUUCCACCAUCCCCUGUUUUUCCCUGGCUUGCAUGGUUGUGGGUUCGUUGAUAUGCACCCUAUACGUGAUUAUAGUAAUAACGGAAGUAAGAGGAAGAUGAAGCAAGAAGAAGAAGACGAUGGUAACGGUGGCGGUGAGCUUAUUGGUCCGCCAUUAAUGGCGGAGGAAGUGGUGAAGAAUACUCCCAGGCACAUGCUGAUGUCGACGGAGAGCGAGAUGGACGCGAUGGUCUCUGCUUUGACCCACGUCGUGGCUUCCGGCGGUGGUGGAGGAAGUGAUCAAUUUCGCUACGAGAGUGACGGGUUCGGAUUAUUUGGAGCUCCCCCUGCUCCUUUCCUUCAUCAACAUAACCAAUAUCGUCACGUGGAUUUUCUACUUUCUCAACAAGCUGCAGUGCACCCUUCGCCAUCUCCAUUAGCUGCACAAGGUGACACAUUAUUCAACAUCGCUGCUCCUCCAUCACUGCCGCCGCCGCUAUCAGGAGCAGCGCCGAUGACGACCAGCAGUACUACCACGGUGGUGUACGAACACACUCCGGCCCCGCCGUCGGGCCAGCAUGGAUCAUCGGCAGCGGCAGAGGAAGGCAGCAGCGGGAGGAAGUACAGGGGAGUGAGGAGGCGGCCAUGGGGGAAAUGGGCGGCCGAAAUUCGAGACCCGUUCAAGGCCGCCAGAGUGUGGCUGGGGACGUUCGACACGGCGGAGGCGGCGGCCAGAGCGUACGACGAGGCCGCAUUGAGGUUCAGAGGCAGCAAGGCCAAGCUCAACUUCCCGGAGAACGUCAAGCUCCGGACCAUCAACACAAGCAGUACCACGAGCAGCAGCAGCAGUCACAGCAGCGGCCUGACUACUGCUGCUGCUGUUCCUCAUUAUGCUCACCACCACAACAACAACAACAACAACCAGACAAGGUUCAUGAACAUGUUGAACAUGAACCGCGGCGGCAAUCGGCAGCCGCCGUCCAAUGCUUCUCAGCUGGUGUUGGGAGUCGGAGGAUACUACGAUCAUCAUCAUUAUCAAUCCUCAUCGCAGCUGUCUGAUCAGGCGUCGUCGACGUAUCUCGACCAGCUGCCGAUGCAGGCGUAUUACCCUCUGCUGCCGGAUUUCCAGCAGAGUUCGCCGUGGCCGGCGACACCGUCUUGUAAUAGCGGUGGCGAUUCUCCUUCAGGAUAGUGUAGACUUCUGCUGCUUUCCUUUUUGCUUCCUUAGCUGACCCAGCUGGCCCGAGUUGGUUUUUGUUCCAGAGAGUAGAAAAGAAAAUGUAAGAUGAAAGUCGUUUCGAUUCGAUCAUAAGAGCACUUGGAAAAGCCACGAGAACAUAUUGUAACAACUUCAUACCACGGAUGAAAACGUGCACCGUGCUCAAUGUUGAAAGACAAACCGGGCACAUAAGAGGAUAGAAACUGAACUGAGUGCAAACUUGAAACGGACACAAGGAAGUUGUCCAUGGUUUUCUCAAGUUCUUUCCGCUGAGCUAAGGUGUAAAUAUAAUAACGAACGAGUC